AUGUGUGCUUCUAAGAUCUGGAACCAUUCUUUCCUUGCACACGACACGAUCGCUCUCAGAUGCAGUGAGAGUCCAGGGAUGAUUGACAACCACAAGGCAGUCUCAGCAGCUUCACCAGGACGGAAGAGGAAGCUUGACGGCAAGGAGGUUCAGUUUAGCCACACAUGCUCGAUACGGAAGUACCGGUACCAUCCCUACCGAGAAGACACCUACCAAGAGGUCGCCGCGGACGAGGGCUCGGACGACGAGCUCCCGAUGCGCAGGGCGCGCUUGGAUUUCUCAGAGCAGACGAGGCUCAAGGAUGGGCCGAGGGUUUCCUGCCUGCUCGUCAAGAAGCUGAUUGAAAGUCUGGUGGCGAGGAAGAUAAGGGACAGCCGAAGCUUCCUGGAGUGCCUGAUCAAGACGAUGCUCGCGUGCAAGGGAACGGGCAGCCCCGAGCCCGCUGAGGUCGAUUACUCCAAGAUCGAGUUCGAGAUCCUCCUCCUGACGAGCAAAGCUCUCCUGCACCAGGAGCUGCUGGAGGAGGUGGACCAGCGCAUGUCCAGGAUGAUCGCGAGGAUCGAGCGGCAGGGUGUCAUCGGGGUCCUGCCGGGCUGCCUGCACUUGGACAAGACGUUCAUACCCCCAUUGCGAUAUCUGCGGGUGCAGCUGAGCCAGACCAGAGGGAUGAUCCAUUCCAGGAAGCCUCAGUUGGAGGCCAAAGACGAGCCGGCGAGGCUGCAGAUCAAUGGCAACCUGUUGCUAGUGCAGAUGUAG